CCCUUCAACCCUUCAACCCUUCAACCCUUCAACCCUUCAACCCUUCAACCCUUCAACCCUUCAACCCUUCAACCCUUCAACCCUUCAACCCUUCAAUCAAUCCUUCAAUCCUUCAACCCUUCAAUCCUUCAAUCCUUCAAUCCCCAAACCUCGGCUCCUCACCCCGCCCUCAUCGCUCCCGCUCCCUCCUCGCUUCACACCUCUUAUCGCCAACCCACCCUCGCCCUAUCGCCGCCGCCACCACCACCGACCGCGCACAACUCGCACAAUCCCGAGAACUACACAACUCUCGCAGCCCACCUCCGCACACCUCCAGCUCAACGCAUGGUGGGGACCCUCGCCGUCGCCGCCGCCACCAUGCCGCCCCAGCGCUCCGCACUUACCUCGUCCUUUUCCCUCGCCGACGCAACGAAUGAGGUCGUCUGUCCGCUGCGCAACCACGAUGGCUCGGGUUGUCGCAAGAGGUGUCUCGGGGAAAAACGAUAUCGCUCGAUGCAAGAGCACAUCCGUCGCGCGCACCCGGAACACUACAUCUCGAAGCUGCCGGCGACCGAGGAGAGCUUCCAGCUUAUGGUCAAUACCCCGCCGUCGGAGCGACCGCAGCCCGCGCAGCAGCAACAGCAGUCGUCGUCGUCGACAGCACACCCUCAUGAGCGCAAACACUACGCUUCGUCUAGUGGCCCGGGGACACCAAGAAAUAUAGACGAGUAUAACACCUCCGCGCCGCCUAUUGCCAAUGCCGCAGCUGCGCUCGCACAGCUGCACACACAUAAAGUCGAGCCGGAAUGGGAUUCCGAUAUGGAAUGGCACUCCGACACCGAACUCCACCCCCGCAGCAUGCUCUCCUCCAUCGAGCUCCCCCCUCUCCGGCGCCUCGACCACCCCACCUCCAGCCCCUACACCCCCCUCCCGCGCCCACACGACCGCCUCUCCGCCCUCCUCUCCCACUCCCCCCCCAACCGCUCCUCAACACUCCCACCCAUCCGGCCACCACAGGGGCACGCGCGACCGCGGAAACAGUCGUUGUCAAGACACGCGAGGGAACCGCCGCAUAAGAGGCGUAAGAGCCGUGAUGGGAUGGGUUUGGGACAUAUGAGGAGGGGGAGCUAUGAGAGGAAGGCGAUGAGUGCGGAGCCGUCGGGGUUUGGGUAUGGGAAGAGGUGGGAGGAUUUGUUGGAUGCGGCGACGAGUGCGACUAGUGAUGUUGGGGAGGAUAGGACGCCUCUCCCCGCAUCCCCCCUCAGCGCUCCGCGCUCCUCGCUUCCUCCAGCGCAGAUGCAGGCGUACACCGCGUCGCCACUGCAGCAGGCCCUCACGCCACCGGCGUAUAAUUUCUCUCCCCCCGCCCUCCCGAGCGUUGAGACUAUCCCUACUCCCGAGCGUCCCGACCACCGCAUCCCCCACGACCACCGUGGCCCUGACAGGGGUCCAAACAGCGACCCGAGUAACGGUCCUAACCGCCUCCCCGACGGUCUACGCAACAACAUCCCCCCCCACUCCAGUGGCGGGGCGAACGUACAAAUCUACUGCGCAGCGUGCCAGGGGGUGAGUCUGUUGAGAGAGAGCUAUGCGUGUACGGAGUGUGUGUGUGGGUUGUGUCAGAUGUGUGUUGAUGUACUUAUGGCGGGGCAGGGGGCGAGGAGGAGGUGUCCGAGGUGUGCGUGUGUGGGGGGGAGGUUUAAGCCUUUUCAGUUGGAUGUUAGGUAGGCUGUUCUGUGCGCGCGUAUUGGUGGCGCGGCUUGUUAGAGAUGGUAUGCGUUUCCGUCUUUGGGUGGUGUUUGGGUGGGAGUGAUGUGGGGGUGAGAGGUGAAGGGUGAGAGAGAGGGUUGAUGAUUUUUUUAUGAGGUUGGUUAGGUUGGUUAGGUUGGGUCGUUAUUGUGAUUUUGGCGUUUUCAAUCCCCUGCUUUAUGGAUACGGGUUAUGGCUUUUUAUGGAUUUAUGGUCGGGUUGGGGGGGUUCUUUGGGAUGGGUUGGGUUGGAUUAAAGUCUUCCAUGCUUGUUUUUGGAAUUUUGUUUUGUUUUGGGUUGUGCGGGACUUGAGCAUCUGUUUUCCAACAAGGGCCUGAUGGGAUUGUUUGGAAAAGAGGGGGAGGGUGUAGAUGUAGAUGUCUAACGCUCGAAGGGUGAUGAGAUUUGAUAAGAUGGCUGAUGAGAUGAGAUGAUGCGGGGUUGGACUACUGUUCACUGGACUAGGGGAGUUAGACGCAUGCAUAGCAUACAUACAUGGAUGGACCUAUAGAUGAAUCGAGGGAUUUUGAUCUUGAUCUUGA